AUGGCGGAAAAGGAUCCUGGGCAGAUCCUCCUGGAUUUGCUGGCUGAUCCCUUUUCAACACAGUUGCAAAAAACUGCCAUCAUUGCUGCGCUGGGCUCUUCCAUCGGAACCACAGCCGUGAUCGCCUUCCUCUUUUCGAUUCUCCGACCGUUCAAUAGUGUUGUAUAUGCGCCGAAGCUCAAACAUGCCGACGAAAAACAUGCCCCGCCGCCGAUGGGGAAGGGCUUCUUUGCUUGGGUUACCCCGUUGUGGAAGACAACCGAGGAGGAUAUGGUCAACUUGAUUGGGAUGGACGCCACCAUCUUUAUGCGAUUUACAAGGAUGUGCCGCAACAUAUUUGCCAUUCUCACAGUUCUCGGCUGCGCUAUCUUGAUUCCUGUCAACUGGACUGCAACGACUCGCGUGGGCAUCGAAGACAACUGGCUCUCCAAGAUUACACCUAACUUGGUGUGGGGGUCGGCUCAGUGGGCGAGUGUCAGCGUGGCCUGGAUCUUUGACAUUGUUGUUUGUGUCUUUCUCUGGUGGAACUAUAGAAAGGUUGUCCAGUUGAGGCGAAAGUACUACGAGAGCGAGGAGUAUCAACACAGUUUGCACAGCCGUACGCUGAUGGUGUACGAUAUUCCAAAGAACCUAGGCUCAGACGAGGGUAUCGCUCGAAUCAUCGAUAGUGUGGUCCCAAGCUCUUCCUUCUCAAGAACUGCCAUCGCUCGUGAUGUCAGGAUUCUCCCAAGUCUCAUUGAGUCGCAUGGCAAGACAGUCAGGAAGCUCGAAAAGGUCCUGGCAGUCUAUCUGAAGGACCCCAAAAACCUGCCACCAGCAAGACCUCUCUGUCGACCUUCCAAGAAGGACCACUCAUACGCAAGCUAUCCCAAGGGCCACAAAGUCGACGCCAUUGACUAUCUUACCGAGCGCAUCAAGCUGCUGGAGCUCGAGAUCAAAGAUGUUCGGCAAAGGGUGGAUAAGAGAGUGACCAUGCCGUAUGGUUUUGCGUCAUACUCAGAUAUCUCCGAGACACACUCCAUCGCCUACCUGUGUCGGAAGAAGAAGCCUCAAGGUGCGAUCAUCAAGCUGGCUCCUCGGCCAAACGACAUCAUCUGGGAGAACAUGCCACUGAGUCCAUCAGCUCGCCGUAGGAGGCGCCUGUGGAACAAUUUCUGGAUGGCGGUUCUCACUAUUCUGUGGAUUGUUCCCAAUGCUUUCAUCGCCGUCUUCCUGGUCAAUCUGAGUAACUUGGGCUUGGUAUGGAAAGAGUUCCGGGACGAACUGGCCAGCAGCCCCCAAUUCUGGUCCAUUGUUCAGGGUAUCGCAUCUCCGGCAAUCAUGUCACUUGUUUACCUGCUACUUCCGAUUGCUUUCCGCCGCAUGUCCAUCAGAGCAGGCGAUAAGACUAAAACGGGAAGAGAGCGCCAUGUCGUCGCGAAACUGUACGCCUUCUUCACUUUCAACAACCUCUUCAUCUUCUCCGUUUUCAGUGCCAUCUGGGGAUUUACUGCUACGGUUGUUCAGAGGACCAACAACGGUCAGGAUGCUUGGAAGGCCAUCUACGAAGCCGAUUUCGGAUUUCUCCUGUUCCUCUCACUCAUCAAAGUGUCUCCUUUCUGGGUCUCAUGGCUCCUGCAGAGACAGCUCGGUGCGGCGAUUGAUCUUGCGCAACUGUGGACUCUCUUCUACAGCUUCGUUGUGCGAAAGUUCUCUAACCCAACGCCUCGGGAACUGAUCGAGCUCACAGCACCACCGCCCUUUGAUUACGCCAGCUACUACAACUACUUCCUUUUCUACGCCACCGUCGCCCUCUGCUAUGCCCCCAUUCAGCCUCUUGUCCUCCCUGCGGCAGCACUGUUCUUCUGUAUCGAUGUGGCUUUCAAGAAGUACUUGUUGCUCUACAUUUUCGUUACGAAGACGGAAAGCGGAGGCAUGUUCUGGCGCGUGCUGUUCAACCGUUUCCUGUUCGGGACCUUUCUUGCCAACCUGGUCACCUUCUUGGUCGUUUGGGUCCGUGGCAUCCAAGUCGAUCGGACCCAAGUAUAUGCUCUGGCACCGCUGCCCAUCUUGUUGAUCGUUUUCAAGAUAGUCUGCAGCCGCGUCUACGAUGAUAAGAUCCACUUUUAUGCGACGAGAUUUACCAAGCAAGGACGGACUGAAGAAGGGCUGAAUGUCAAGGAGCAAAGUAUGCGGAACGAUCGUCUUGCGGCUCGUUUUGGCCAUCCGGCUCUCUACAAGCCCCUCAUCACACCCAUGGUUCACGCAAAGGCACAGAAUGUUCUUGCGAGCAUCUAUCAAGGGCGGCUGAGCGACGGUAGGGAAGCGGGUGGCCUGGGAGAUUCGGUAUCUGUCAGCGGCUACAGCGACACGUACGUUAUGGAUUCCAUGAUGUCCGGCAAGGCUGGCAAGGCGUCGCCGAGCAUGCCUGGUUUCGAAGUGGUACCCGAAUCACGUCUUGACUUUGAAUUUUACAAGAACCGCGACGAAUUCGCAGAAGACCAUGGUGCAGGCGAGCUCUUUGGAUCAGACAUCCAUCGGCCGGGCACGCCGGGCACCAUGAUGAGCGGGCCAGACUCCCGACCCGGAACGCCGAGUGGAGGAAUGGGCUUCGGCGCCAAUCGCAGGCUGUUGUCACCGUACAACGACCCUGGGGCUGGGCCAUCAUCCAGUGGCUACGCGGGCCCAUCCGUCUACUCACCCCCCAUACUGGGCGCACAUGAGGUGCCCAGUCGCAGCAGGAGUCCUUUAUACAGCCUUGGCAAUGAUAGUGGUGCCAACCUGGUGCAGGGAGCCGCGCUGAUGCCGGUAUCGAGUUAUCCCACCACACCGGCUGCUGGUGGCCCGGGAGACGGGAGCUAUGAUGGUGACGUUGGGACUUACAGACCUGGUGUUCCUACCAUUCCGCCUGGCAUCUUUGGUGGGGGGCCCCGCUAUGGCGGCCUUCCGCAGAGCGAUCAAGAAUUUGGCCAGCCAGCGACAAGUCAAGACCCGACACAAUAUGACUACUUUAGAGGGCCGCGGAGAGGAACACCAGGCCCUCCGGGCGGCGGCAAUGGUGGCAACACCUAUAGGGGCUAA